UGUACGUUCGAUUAAUUUUCAGUCGUUUCGCAUACUUUAAGGUUGUUCGUAGUCAAUUAUCGCUCCCAUUAAACGGUUGAUUAAGCCAAAGAAGCUUACAUACAUACAUAUAUACAUAAUAUUUGAUAACGUUCGUGUUGUGAUCAUGCCAAAUAAACAAAACAAAUUAACAAAAAACUUUUCUAAAUCAAUUUCACUUUUCGUUAGCAUUUUAAGUGUAUUACCGUUAUUAACAACAGCUGAUUCCUUUACGUGGGGUCAUAUCAAUAAAUAUGCCUCACCAAUAUAUGACGAAGAAAUCAAACUUACUGAUAACACGAAGUCAAUUACGAUUACAUAUCCACAGGAGGGUCUCACCAACGACUACACGAUAAUCGCAAUGCAUGCAUACGCUGUAGAAACCCCAUCGACCAUGACAACGGAGGCGAAACAUGUCGCACACAUUAACAACUCUGCAGAUGUUGAGGUUUUACGCGGUGGAAUCGGUUUUAAUUAUACGACAAUACGAUUUCAAACGCCAACGCUCGCUUAUCACCAAUCAACUGCAGACAGAAUUAGCGUUGCAGAUGACCGUGAAGGUGGUCGAGGCAGUGAGGCGGGGCGUGGCAAUAAUUUACGCGCACACUAUCAGCUCGUUAUUUAUGGUGUUGAUUUAUAGUUCUACUAUUAUUGUGAAAAUA